AUGGACGCGCAGGAGCUGCAGCAGGAGGUGCUGGAGGAGCUGGGCGUCUCCAUGGCGGAGCUGCAGGCCGUGGUGGACGAGGCCAUCGGGAAGUGCGAGCUCCUGGUGAAGGACCUGUACUCCAAGCUGGGCCUGCAGUACCGCGAGAGCAGCUCCGAGGACGAGGACGCGGCCGCCGGGGCCGCCGAAAUCAUCGAGAUCCCGGACGAGGACGACGACGACGUCAUGAGCGUCGAGUCGGGCGGCAAGCACAAUGAUACCAGUCCCAGAAUUGCCAAGGAUCAGACACUGCUGCGGGAAGCCAUGGCUGCGAUGAGGAAGUCUGCCCAGGAUGUUCAGAAAUUUAUGGAUGCUGUGAACAAGAAAACAAAUGCCCAAGAUGCCCAGAAAGAUGCACAGGCUCCUCCGCAGGCUCCUGGUGCCCUCCAGCCACCGGGCCCUGCUGCUGCAGGGAGCGACCUCAGCAACGACGGGGACCUCAAGGUUGGCAUGAGGAUCCUGGGCAAGAAGAGGACCAAGACGUGGCACAAGGGGACGCUGAUCGCCAUCCAGACGGUCGGUGCUGGCAAGAAGUACAAAGUGAAAUUUGACAAUAAAGGGAAGAGUUUGCUCUCUGGCAAUCACAUUGCUUACGACUACCACCCGUCGCCAGAGAAGCACUACGUGGGGAGCAGGGUUGUGGCAAAGUACAAAGAUGGGAACCAGGUUUGGCUCUACGCCGGCAUCGUGGCUGAAACCCCCAACGUAAAGAAUAAGGACAGGUUCCUGAUCUUCUUCGACGACGGCUACGCCUCCUACGUGAAGGAGUGGGAGCUCUACCCGAUCUGCAGGCCCCUUGAAAAGACUUGGGAGGAUAUCGAGGACGUGUCGUGCCGCGAUUUCAUCGAGGAGUACAUCACGGCCUACCCCAACCGCCCCAUGGUGCUGCUCAAGAACGGGCAGCUCAUCAAAACGGAGUGGGAAGGGACCUGGUGGAAAUCCCGAGUGGAAGAAGUGGAUGGCAGCCUGGUCAAAAUCCUCUUCCUGGACGACAAACGCUGCGAGUGGAUCUACCGGGGCUCCACGCGCCUCGAGCCCAUGUUCAGCAUGAAAACCUCCACGGCCUCCACCCAGGAGAAGAAGCAGAGUGGACAAGCAAGGACUCGUCCCAAUGUCGGUGCUGUCCGGAGCAAAGGGCCCGUGGUCCAGUACACAGGAGCCGGCGCCCCGUACAAACCCCUGGAGCAGAUGCAGGCGGCCUCGCUGGCCGCGCGCGCCGUCUCUCCGCAGCCUGCCGACGGGGAGCAGAGGCUGCUGGAUGAGGCCCUGGGGGUGGGCGAGCUGACGGCCCCGGCCCCCCUGUGCCAGGUGCCUGUCCUUUCCCGGGGUGAGGCUGUUGGGGCUGGGAUCAAAUGGGACGAGGUGGCGAAGCCCGGAGCGUGUCCCAGCGCGUGCCUGGCAGCAGCCUCGACAGCAGCCGGGCGCCAAGAGCCCUUUGCGGCGCAGCCCUUCCACGGCGCGCUGGAGCGCGCGCCCAGCGAGCCCGCGUACCGCGCGCCGCUCGAGAAGCUCUUCUACCUGCCGCACGUGUGCAGCUUCACCUGCCUGUCGCGCGUGCGGCCCAUGCGCAGCGACCAGUACCGCAGCCGCAACCCGCUGCUCAUCCCGCUGCUCUACGACUUCCGCCGCAUGACGGCGCGCCGGCGCGUCAACCGCAAGAUGGGCUUCCACGUCAUCUACAAGACGCCGUGCGGGCUGUGCCUGCGCAGCAUGCAGGAGAUCGAGCGCUACCUCUUCGAGACGGACUGCGACUUCCUCUUCCUCGAGAUGUUCUGCCUGGACCCCUACGUGCUGGUGGACCGCAAGUUCCAGCCCUACAAGCCCUACUACUACAUCGCGGACAUCACCAAGGGCCGCGAGGACGUGCCGCUGUCCUGCGUCAACGAGAUCGACGGCACGCCGCCGCCGCAGGUGGCCUACAGCAAGGAGCGCAUCCCGGGCAAGGGCGUCUACAUCAACACCAGCUGGGAGUUCCUCGUGGGCUGCGAUUGCAGGGACGGCUGCAGGGACAAGUCGAAAUGUGCCUGUCACCAGCUAACGGUCCAGGCGACCGGCUGCACCCCCGGCGGGCAGAUCAACCCCAACUCGGGCUACCAGUACAAGAGGCUGGAGGAGUGUCUCCCCACGGGCGUCUACGAGUGCAACAAGAGGUGCAAGUGCAAUGUGAACAUGUGCACCAACCGCCUGGUGCAGCACGGCCUCCAGGUGCGGCUGCAGCUCUUCAAGACCCAGAACAAAGGCUGGGGCAUCCGCUGCCUCGACGACAUUGCCAAGGGCUCCUUCGUCUGCAUCUACGCAGGGAAAAUCCUCACGGAUGACUUUGCUGACAAGGAGGGCCUGGAGAUGGGCGACGAGUACUUUGCGAACCUGGACCACAUCGAGAGCGUGGAGAACUUCAAGGAGGGCUACGAGAGCGACGCCAAGUGCUCCUCCGACAGCAGCGGGGUGGACCUCAAGGACGAGGAGGAGGAGAACACGGGCACCGAGGAGCAGGAGGAGUCCAACGAGGACAGCUCGGACGAGAACUUCUGCAGGGACGAGGACUUCAGCACGAGCUCGGUGUGGCGCAGCUACGCCACGCGCCGGCAGACCCGCGGCCAGAAGGAGAACGGGCUCUCGGAGACGGCCUCCAAGGACUCCGGGCCGGCCCGGCCCGACGAGGCCGCGCCGGCCGCCUCCUGCAAGCUGCCCAUGUCCGAGGAGAGCUCCAAGAACAAGGUGGCCUCGUGGCUGAGCUCCAACAGCGUCGCCGACGCGCUCCAGGACACCGACAGCGCCUCCUCCUGCAAGCUGAGCGAGGGGGGCGACGCCAAGGGCUGCAAGGCAGAGCUGCCCGGCGACAGGGAGAAGGCCUCCACCUCGGGCCUCGGCGACGCGGACGGAGAGGCAAAAGUGUCCAAGAAAGAUGUAAGGGAGGACGGGGCUGCGGGAGGGCCAGGGCAGGUGGCCGUGAAGUCCACGCGAGGCUUCGCGCUCAAGGCCACGCACGGCAUCGCCAUCAAGUCGACCAACCUGGCGGCGGCCGAGAAGGGCGAGAGCGCAGGGCCGGUGCGCAGGACCACGCGGCAGUUCUACGACGGCGAGGAGUCCUGCUACAUCAUCGACGCCAAGCUCGAGGGCAACCUGGGCCGCUACCUCAACGUGAGUGCCUGUGCCUGCUGCCUCACGGCUCGCUGCUUUCCCUGGCUGGAUUGGGAACUGCUGGCAAACGUGGCUGUUAGCCCAAACUUUGAGGCAGGGAGCAGAAACCCUGGAAAUGGAGGAGGGAGGGGGAAAGGCUCCGGUGUCCUUGGCAGCUGGGGAGGGAACGGGACCUUUUGGGCCCUGCUUCUUGCCCUUGGGGACGGCCUCCCCCUGCCCGCGUUGGGGUAA